CCGCACAGCACACAUAAAAAUUCCAACAAGAAAACAAAAGUAGUUGAUCUCAUCAUUACAUUUCAAUCAAAUCUUUGUGGGGAUAUGAUUUGUUAUGAGUCUCAAUUAUACAAAAUGAAAACAUAAGAUCAAAGCAAAAGUCUCUUUUAUUGACAAUUCUUUAGUCUCUCACACACACUUCUUAUAGAUUCAUCUGCUAUUUCCCCUAAACUCAAGCCUUCAAUCUCGGCCCUAGACAUUCGCUAAUAUUAUACAUUAUAUAUUAUCUCUCUAUUAUUAUUUUUUUCCUAUUCUUUUAAGUUAAUAAGAACAACUACAAUCUCAAACACACAGCAGAAGCUGAUUCUUGAUUGAACCAAGUGGAGAGGUAUUUUAAAAGCUUCUGUGUGAUCAUAUACUGAUCUUUUUUUUUUUCCUCAUGUUCGUUUUCAUAUUUCUUUGAUCUUUUCUUUUAGUUCUUUAAUUCUUAUUCUCAUCUUUUUCUUUUCAAGAAUGGAGGGGAGGAAAUUGAAUUUGUAUGCUCCAUUACCAUCUAUAAGACGGAUACCAUCUUUUAUAGAACGUUCGAGUGAAUUAGGGAACACGAAGACGAAGAUUACAAGACCAGUGCUUAGAUCAUGUCCGAGUACAAAACAAGAAACGCCGGUUUUUGUAUUACCAGACCAGAGCUUUUAUCAUCUAACUGAAUCAGCUUCAGUUCCUUUUGUGUGGGAACAAAGCCCUGGAAAACCAAAAGAUGACAUGGCUACGUUGAUUCAAGAAUCAGGUUUACUAGAAACCGAUGAAGAUGAAGAAGACGACGAAGAUGAAGAUGAAGAUUUGGAUACGGUUCCUUCAAAUGGAAGCUUCUCUGUUAACUGCAGCACAAGUGGAGUAAGCGAAAUCGAGAAGAAUGGUGAGAAAUCUGACGGUGAUGAUGAGAAGAAAUCUAGAGAAAGUCUAGAUCUAAUGAUGUCCAGAUUCUUACCAGCUGCUAAAGCAAUGGCUUGUCAGAUACAUCAGAAACAUCAAUCUUCAUAUAACUCCUCAGAGCAGAAGCAAAUCACUCAGACCAAAGAAGCUCUUGUGAUUCGCCAAAGAAGUCAAUUAGUCUCAGAACAUGAACAUUUCGCCAUUGUUCAGAGCCUUUAUGAUGAUUUAAACAUCGAUGAUGAUGAUGAUGAUGAAGAUGAUGAUGACGAUGAUGAUGAUGAUGAUGAUUACGGUGAUGAUGAUCACAAGAUCUGCCCAAAUGUUACCAAGAAAGCUUGCGGAUUCUUGCCAAGGCUUUGUGCUAAGAACUCAUUCAAGUUUCUAAACCCGGUUCCUUUGGAUUCAGUGUCAUCAAACCGGUCUAUGAAACACUCGUCGGGUGAACAAACUGGUUUACCAAACUGGUCAACUAGGCGUCUCUCCGGUUUUAUAUCUCCGUACCGAACCUCUUGUUCUGAUUCCGGUUUUCUUGGUACACCGGAGAAACCAACAGAGAGCUUCAAAAGGCUAAACAGAGGAAUAAGCAAGUCCCAAGAACUGUAUCCGACAAGAACAAGAAGAGAGAUUCAUCCUAAUUAUUCAAACUCUGGUGAAAUCCGAACGUUUAGAAACUCGGUCUCAACUCCUUCGAGAAACCAACGUACGACGAUUCCUGACUCGAGGUUUCUUGUGGAGGAAGUAAACAGAAGAAGGAUCAACAACAGGUCAGGGAAUCUUCUCAAAUCAUCGCCGGACUAUACGCCGGAGAUUUCUCCUCCGCCAUUACCGGAAACUCCGUCUCGGUCUUGGCUCCGACGAACUCUCCUUCCGCCGGUGAACCCUAGACCAUACGGAGUCGUUUUAAGUCAAGUUGGUAACAAGAAACUAGAUCAAGAAGUUCUUGAAUCUACGAAAUGGGAAACGAUCGUUAAAACAUCGUACGUUCACAACGAUCACGCUCGUUAUUCUCAGGAGCUGAUUGUUCAUCCAUCGUCUCGCCAGCAAAAUACAUAAAACAAGACACAAUUACUUGUUCUUUUUUACGUUACAAUUAAAUUAAUAAAUAGUUUUAAGGUUUGCCUCUUCUUUUUCUUGUAGGCAACACAAUGUAAUGAACCAGAGAUUGAUUCUUGGGGUUUCAAUUCUUUUUGUGUGUGUGUGUGUGUGUGUCAGUGUGUGUUAUAUAACUGUGGUUUCGUUUUUCCGACCGCAUGUUUUGUAAUUGAAGGAUCAAUUUAUGUUAUUGAUGUUUGAUGCGAA